AAGCAAUCCAUGAGAACUCAUCUACAUCGCAAGCUCACUCCCUAAAAAAAUCUCAAUCCUUCACCCUCCAAAAUCAAAAUCAUCUCUUUUAACACUUCCACCCUCUGUGAACUUACACCACAUACUACAAGCAGAGGCGAAAAAAAUGGCAGCCAUGGCAGUUGCUGGAUUAGGAGGAUCUCCUCUUUGUGUCUCUCGCUCUUCGUCGAAGCCAGCUCUUAGCUCUGGUUUCCUGAGGUCUCAGGUGGCUGCUAGGAACCCACUUCAGCAGAAGCUUGCUUCUGGUGGAAGGUUCACCUGUAGCUUUCAAAGGGAUUGGCUUCGCAAGGACCUGAAUGUGAUUGGAUUUGGGUUGAUUGGUUGGCUUGCUCCUUCUAGCAUUCCAGCAAUCGACGGCAAGAGCUUAACUGGUCUCUUCUUCGAGAGCAUUGGCACUGAGCUCGCUCACUGGCCAACAGGCCCUGCACUCACUUCUCAAUUCUGGCUAUGGAUGAUUACAUGGCACCUUGGUCUGUUUCUUUGUCUCACAUUUGGUCAGAUUGGAUUCAAGGGGAGGACCGAGGAGUAUUUCUAAGAAGAUAUCGUACUCUCUUUCUUUCUUUAGACUCUGUACACUUCUUACUCUUCUUUAUAGAUGGAGAUGAUGCUUCUUUUUCUCCACACCCUUUAUUCUUAUGAAGUGCAAUUCCAUGAUGGCUUUCUUCAA